CUCUCGAUCGAUCUGGACACAAGCAAGAGGUCACAACAGCUCGCUAGCUCGCCACCAACAAUGGCCUCCAGGUCGUCCUGCAUCCUGCUCGCCGCGGCGGCGCUGGCGGCGCUUGUGGCCGUGGGCUCCUGCGCCUCCGCGCUCUCCUUCAAGACGGGCCCCGGGUGCAGCGCCACCAAGUUGGUCCUCAUCCCCAGCGUCGCCAUCUCCGAGGUGGAGGUCAAGGAGAAGGGCGCCGACGACUUCUCGGAGCUCAAGGAGGGGCCGACCGGCACCUGGACGCUCGAGGGCAAGGCGGCCCUCAAGGGCCCUUUCUCCAUCCGCUUCGCCGCCAAGUCCGGCGGCUACCGCGUCGUCGACGACGCCAUCCCCGCCAGCUUCAAGUCCGGCUCCGUCUACAAGACCACCCUCCAGGUCUGAGCAACGAGAUCGGACGCGCACGCCCUCUGGUUGCGUCAGAUCGGAUGGCCAUUGUUGGCGUCUCCAGCUAGCUUGGGAUCCGCCUGGUCCUUCCGCGCCGUUGCUGCCGGUCUAUUGUGGCAUGAUUUAGAUUUUUUUGUAUUCAAGAUUUUUUUCCCGGAAAUUUUAAUUAUUGACCCACCUUCUUUGAGAAGGCUUUUCGUUUUAUUUUUCCAACUUUGUUUAAAGGAUAAAUAAACUUUUUGAUGCAUAAUACUAUGUAAGUCCAAAAUCAAUGAAGUUUCUAUCGUGUUUUUCGCGGUAAAAAAGGCAUUUAUGCCU